AAGGGGCGGGGCUCCUGCUGUGGGCUAGGAUUGCACGCCACGCUGAUUCCUCUUACUUAUUAAGCAGCUGCAGACCACGGGAUAUUCUGCUGUCCCUUUCAUAGUCGAGCGCUAUGGACCAGCUACCACCCGACGUUGAAGAGGAUGACUGUCUCCCUGAUUACCGCCACCUCUUCCGUCCGGACCUCUUCCAGGGCAAAGUGGCCUUUAUCACUGGUGGUGGCUCUGGGAUUGGAUUCCGGAUCGCUGAGAUUUUCAUGAGGUAUGGCUGCCAAACGGUCAUCGUCAGCAGGAGUCUGCCAAGAGUGUUGAUGGCUGCCAAGAAGCUGGUUGCUGCCACUGGCCAGCGCUGCCUCCCUUUAUCCAUGGAUGUCCGAGCUCCCCCAGCCAUCAUGGCUGCUGUGGACCAGGCACUGAAGGAGUUUGGCAAAAUUGACAUCCUCAUUAACUGUGCGGCUGGAAACUUCCUGUGUCCUGCCAGCGCAUUGUCAUUCAAUGCCUUCAAGACUGUAGUUGAAAUUGAUACCCUUGGCACCUUCAAUGUGUCUCGUGUACUCUAUGAGAAGUUCUUCCGGGAUCAUGGAGGAGUGAUUGUGAACAUCACUGCAACCCUGAGUCUUCGGGGGCAGGUGCUGCAAGUGCAUGCAGGCUCUGCCAAGGCGGCUGUGGAUGCAAUGACACGACACUUAGCUGUGGAAUGGGGUCCCCAGAACAUUCGUGUCAAUAGCCUUGCCCCUGGCCCUAUCAGUGGCACAGAGGGGUUCCGGCGACUAGUUGGCCCCCAGACCAGCCUGAGCAAAAUGGUCCUUGAGAGCCCCCUGCAGAGGAUGGGGAACAAGACUGAGAUUGCCCACAGUGUGCUGUACCUGGCUAGCCCUCUGGCUUCCUAUGUGACGGGAAUUGUGCUGGUGGUGGAUGGCGGAUGCUGGCUGACAUUCCCAAAUGAUAUCAAGCAACUGGCGAAUUUCGAAUCUGCCUCUGCUAAACUCUAGGGUCCUGCUAUGUAGUUCAGGCGGGCCUUGAACUCACCGUGUAGCUGAGGCGGGCCUUGAACCUACGAUGAUUCUCCUACCUCAGGCUUCUGAGUCCUGGGGUUACAGACGUGUACCACCAUACUUGGCUAUCACAUAGGUUAUUUCUGGGACAUCACUGUGAUCUCUAGGCUACAACGAAUAAUUGGAUGUGUUCAUCUUUGAGAAAGUAAGGAAAACCUUAAAAUUGCCUGAAAUAAACAGUACUGAUUUGA